AUGGAUAAGCUAUUGAGUGCUUCGGUGGUACCCCCACGUUUCCGCAACAGUGCGCUUCUUACUGGACAUGUUCCUCACAAGUCACUCGCCUCAGAACCGCGCGUGUCUUACGCCCUGUAUGUACCCGAAAAGAUUUACAACCAGCGCCACCCCGACGUGGGUGAGCCGGGGCCCAAUAAGCUUCCUCUAUUGGUCGCCGUCCACGGAACUAGGCGUGACGUUUUUAACGUUUACGAUUUGGUCCCGUUUGCCGAGUCUACCCCGUGCGCCAUCCUUCUGCCGCUGUUCCCUAUCGGCUUAGACGGGCCCAACGACGUCGACUCCUACAAGCUGCUCAAGUCCAAGACCCUUCGUCCCGACCUUGCUCUGCUGUCCAUUCUGGACGAGGUGGCAAUCAAAUGGCCGGCCAUCGAGACUAACAAGAUCUUCCUAAUGGGGUUUAGUGGUGGUGGCCAGUUCUCCCACCGGUUCUUGUACCUAUAUCCCGAGAGGCUCGCUGCCGUAAGCAUUGGCGCUCCGGGUCGCACCACGUCCCUCGACGAGGAGAAGAGCUGGCCGUCGGGAAUCAAGGAUGCAGAGGAGAUCUUCGGACGGACUAUCAACAAAGAACUUAUCAAGAAGGUCCCCAUCCAUCUUAUAGUUGGUGAUCAGGACACCAGCCUCCACGGCGAUGGCGAGUUUUGGGCCUGGGUAAAGCAAUACACAGGUAAAGCAGGAGGCGAGGAUACACCCGUGAACAACGAGCAUGGCGUGCAAAUGAUCGAACAAGGAAGACUGAAGACUACGCACGAACUACAAGAUUCGUGGAAGGCCCUGGGUAUCGAGUCGCAGUUCGAUAUUGUUCCUGGCGUGGCCCACAACGCUCGUGGCGUUCGCAGCCUUGUGUUGCAAUACCUCCAACCACUUAUUCGGAAGCAGGAUGGAAAAUGA